AUGGGGAGGCGGAGCGGCAGGUAUGAGAUGGCGGCGGGAGCACCGGCGCCUAGCGGGCGGCGCGGCGGCAGUGAUGCCAUCUGCAAUUUUGUCAUUUGCAAUGACUCCUCCCUCCACAGCCAGCCGAUCAUCUUCAAUCCUGACUUCUUUGUGGAAAAGCUGCGCCAUGAAAAACCAGAGGUGUUCACAGAGCUUGUUGUCAGCAACAUUACCAGGCUCAUUGACUUGCCUGGGGCAGAGCUGGCCCAGCUGAUGGGAGAGGAGGACCCAAAGCUGCCUGGGGCAAACAGCACAGCCUCUGGAUUUUUUCGUUCUCUGAUGUCUCUGAAGCGUAAGGAGAAAGGGGUGGUGUUUGGCUCACCGCUGACAGAAGAAGGCAUUGCACAGGUCUCCCAGCUAAUCGAGUAUCUGCACAAAAACCUAAGAGCAGAAGGCUUGUUUCGGGUACCAGGCAACAGCAUCAGGCAACAGAUCCUAAAGGAUGCUCUGAACAGUGGUACAGAUAUUGACCUGGACUCUGGGGAAUUUCAUUCCAACGAUGUGGCCACCCUACUUAAGAUGUUCCUGGGUGAAUUACCAGAGCCGCUGCUGACACACAAGCACUUCCAUGCCCACCUCAAAAUCGCAGACUUGACGCUGUUUGAUGAGAAGGGGAAUAAGACCAGCACUCCAGACAAAGAGCGCCAAAUUGAAGCCCUCCAGCUGCUGUUUUUGAUCCUUCCCGCACCCAACCGCAGUCUACUCAAACUGCUGCUGGACUUGCUCUACCAGACCGCCAAGAAGCAGGACAAGAACAAGAUGUCUGCCCACAAUCUUGCCCUCAUGUUUGCACCCCACAUCCUAUGGCCCAGAAAUGUGACAGCAAAUGACCUUCAGGAGAAUAUCACAAAGCUAAACAAUGGAGUGACCUUCAUGAUCAAACACUCUCAGAAACUCUUCAAGGCCCCAGCUUACAUCCGGGAGUGUGCCAGGCUGCACUAUCUGGGAUCCAGAGCCCACACAUCAAAGGAUGACCUGGAUUUGCUGACAUCUCCUGGCUCCAAGGAGCUGCAGCCCCUCAAGUCUCAGAAGCGAAGCCGGCUGGACACUUGCCAUCAGGAGGAGACUCAGCAGCGCACAGAGGAGGCACUGAAGGAGCUCUUCCGCCACGUCCACAAUAUGCCUGACUCUGCAAAGAAGAAGAAGCUUAUCCGGCAGUUUAAUAAGCAUCCUACAGCUCUCACUCCUGGCUCUGAUGUACCCACAUCCCCAGCACCACGACGCACCCGCUCGCGUUCCUUCAGCGGCCUCAUUAAGCGGAAAGUUUUGGGAACCCCGGUUAUCCUGGAGAGGAAGAGCAGGGAUGCCACACCGGAGCCUGAGCGAGUCAGCAAAGAGAAUAUCCACCUGUUACAGAAAUGUGGAUCUCCAGCUCACAUGUCCCAAGCGAAGCUGAAAUCUUUGGAGGGCAGGAAAGAGGAAUCCUGUAGACGCAUGCGAGCCCACCUGCUUUCCAAGGAUUCGUCAUCCCUCUGA